CUGACCAAAGUGUUUUCACUGAAAAAUUUCAUAAUGAAAGUGUUUUUACUGAAAAUCGUUUACCCAGAACACCGCGUAUAAAAGUUUCAUCUCAUUCACCACGCGGGAAAGUUUCGUCACCACGAUCACUUAAAAUGAAUAAUUCAGGACUGAAAAUAAGAUGGGCCAGCGUAUGUGAACUGGAAUCAUUGGACCUAUCAGAAAAUGGCUCGUUUGAUAUUGCAUUAACUGAAGAACAAUUGAGAAAUAGUGGAAAAGUUCGACAAAAUUUGGAUGAUGACAGGGUGGAUGACAAUAGUUCUAGAUUACCUAGUGUUUCAUCUAGUAGGAGUGAACGGUCUAGAGCAACAAGUGUUAGUUCUAGAGGUUCAGUGACAUCUAGUCCGCGUGUGCUAAGUAGAACUAGUGACAAUAAGCGUGUGGAUGAAACUAGUGCUAGUGAAGCAUCUUCUCUUGGUUCCUCUAGUCAACAUUCUAGUGUGCAUGCAUCUAGUGAUAUACCUUCAACAUCUGGUCAACCUAGUCAAAGUAAUACUGGUCACAAGUGUAAGAACACCACUAGUUUAAACUCUUCUAGGUACAAAUGUAAAAACUCUAGUACUACCUCCUAUGUACAAGAUGGUCACAUGACAUCUAGAAGCGAAGAAAUGAAAUCGUCGCCAAAAAUUGUCACUUCAAACAAACAAUUACGAUUUUCAGACUCUAAUAUAUUCGUGAACGAAUCGUCGCAAUUCGUGAACGAAUCGUCGCAAUUCGUAAACGAAUCUUCGUUGUUGGACACCAAGCAGCGGCUUCGUAAUCUUGAACUGGAUCUACUGGCGCGCGAAACCGAAGCCCAGAUCCUAGCGGUCGAACAUAUGCUGGAUUCGUCCGAUUCCGAAGUCGAAGAUUUAGUUGCUGAAGUUACAAGCUCAAGUUCGGAUUUGGACGACGAAAAUCCCGCUAUGGAGGAAUUGGAUUUCAGAACUCGAAGUUCAUCGUCUCAUGACGAUGACAAACGUCAAUGUUCUACGUCGUUUCUACGAGAUGGUCAAAGCAUCUCAUGUAAUUCAAUGCAUCUACCCGACGCAGGCUGUUUUGGUGGUGGGGAAUUUCAUCACAGUUUCAGCUCGUCUGAUGAGCAGGAGCUGCUGAAAAUAACGCUUGGAAGUUCCGGCAGAUUGCCAUUUCUGGAAGACCUUCCGGAAGCCGCUAACGAAUCGCCACGUGAACUCGUAUCGAUGAGCUCGAGAACCUCCGUCGAGAACCUCUCCAACUCCGCUGAGAACUUGCCAAACUCCACUGAGAACCUGCCAAACUCCGCUGAGAACCUACCCAGGACCGUCAAGAACUUGUCCUCCAGUUCCAAAAACUCCAGGGUCCUGAAAUCGUCGCGUUCUUUGGAAUCCCUUGCCUCCCGUCCAGGACCCCAAGCUAAAGAAGCUAACCUAGGCUCCUGUCAUGACAUUUCUUCUAAAAAUGGAACACAAUUACGGGACUUGGUCCCUUUCGUCCCUAAAUCCCAGAUCCCCGUGGAUGAGGGCGGUGAUGCGGGCCCAUACGGAUGCGUUAUCACCCUGGAGAGCCGCAGUGCGAGUGUGGAUGACCUCGGUCCUGCCAGUGCCUUGGAAGAGGCCCUCGUGUCGCUUACAUCCAACGGCGAGUGUGAUGGCCUACCUCUAAUAUUUCUUGAUUCCACUUUUUGUUCUGGUCCAAAUUCUCUUACUGGUAAUGAUAAUGAAUCCCGUGACAUGAAUGAUAACAAUGAGCGCGUAGCUAUUGAUGAUAUUGGUACUUGUGACAUGAAUGAUACCGCUCAAAGUACUUCAAAAGGCCGAGACACAAAUUCCGAGUCUGAUUAUUCGCGAAAGUCCGUGGCUACGGACGGCACGUCUUGUGACGCAUCGAUGAUUUCGAACGGAGAAGAGGUGAUUGCGGCACAGAAAAGUGGAAGUCAAACUCCGGUGAACGUGACUGACAAAUCAGAAGUGGAAGGCACUUCUCUCGCUUACGAUGCUUCCACUUCAGAGUCUGAUCAGCCCAAAGAACCUUACUCCGACCAUCCCGAAGCGUCGUCAGAAGUUAAUGGUUCUACUGAGUGUCGAAACCGGGACCAACGAUCUAAAGCCUCUAAUUACGUUAACGGUGAAACUAUAAAUAAUCCUGUAAAUCCAAAUUUAAUUAAACACAAUGUGUAUAUCAGAGAAGAUCAUUUACAAUUUUCUAAACAAAUUUCCCUUCCGGAACGACCUGAAAAAUGUAGGCCAUUAAUAGUGGUCCCUUCCAGCGCCGGCAGUUGGAGGGUUUUUAGCAGCAACAAUCAAACCGGCGUGAUGGCAUCACCUGGAGGGAACAUUUCGCCCGUAGUAAAUAUAGAAGAGCCUCCCAAACCUGACGCCUAUGGGGAAAUAACUAUUAAUGGGCGUUCCAUACACGACGCUGCCAUGGCACACAACGCAGAAAUCUGUUCACUCGACGUGAGGUUUGAUCCAAAUGAUUUUAUGUCAUCAUCCCCGAAAGAAAAAGAAAACCAGGUUCUUUCAAGAAAGAACCAUUCGUCUCAAAAUCCACGGCUGGUUUUACGCGAAGUAGUUGAAGCCAGAACCCAGGACUACAUCGUAGCAGAGACUUCAGAACCCGAAGAACUUUCAAAUUGUGAAGUUCGAAAUUAUUCUUCACAGGCUAAGAACCAAGAGUUACGUUGCAAGUUUGACCAACCCUGGCUAGCGAAAGACCAAGGGUUGUCCAAGAUAGAGGCCAAAACUCCAGAAUUUUUAAGCAAUUCCGAAAUCGAGGACCGAAAUUUCGACUAUGAAUCUCAAUGCAGUGAAAAAGGACAAUUCCACAUCGACAUUCGAGGUUUUAACAGCGACGACUCAGCCUGUGAAGAACAUGCCAAGGGUAAUCCAGCCCCUGUUCGGGAACACUCCAGAAUAUGUCUCGAUCUUGAACUCAAGAAAAGGGUUGCCAAAACUUCCGAUCAAGAUUCUUCGAAGUGCGGAGUCUGUUUAGGCUUGGAGGGUUCGGGCUCGAGAACUCUUGGCAAGCAAGUGUGUGAGUGUGAUAGUAAGUACAGGCGUUCACAGCGUAGUUCCAGUCAUAAGAAGAACGAAAAAACGUGUUCCAGCCACGCACAACCAAGAAGUAUGCACGAAAAAAAGGGUUCUAGCCACGCACAAUCGAGAAGCAACCACGAAAAGCCGUGUUCUAGCCACGUCAAAUCAAGAUGUAAAUGCCAUAAGAAAAUGUCACAAACGAGUGAUCGCGGCUCGGUUUUAGACGUCAGUCGGUCUUUACAAUCGCUUUACGACUGUCCUGAAACUCCUUCAAACGAACGCCAUCCAGCUUCGUCACUUGGACGCUCCGCCCCUGACAAGUUGUCUAAAUCGGCCAAACGUUCCUCGAUUUCGGAAAAUAAUUUAUCCGUUGCCAAUAAAUCAAAAUAUAGUAAACGUUACCCAAUUGAAGGGUCUAGAUUAUCUGAUACUGCAUGCGAAAUUUCCAGCCUAUUUUCUGGUGGCACUGAAGGUAAGUGCGAACAGACCAUCGAGAGUGACGCAGAAAUGACAUACGACAGUAGAAAUGCAGAAUCUUCUUGUCAAAAUUCCGAUUCUGUUGAAGAAACCGGGAACCAACCUCGGUGUUCAGCCUGCUCUCACGAGCUCAGAAACGACAAGUCCAGAGGCAUUGUGUCUGAAAGUGAAAAUUCAGAAAAUCAAGAAAAAUGUAAACCUGGCUGUUUGACUUGCUUUCACAAACGUAGAAAACGUGAAACUAAAAACAAAGCUACCGAAACAGAAUCUAUAUUCCGGCUUGACGGGGUCAGUGUCCUAGGCACGGUAACUCAAGUAAACAUGAUAAGUCGGGAUGUUCAGUGCAACUUGUGUAACGGUCCUUACUUUUACUCUGGCACGAGAACGAAUAAACCUGCAGUCUGUAACAAGCUCGGCAAGAUGGCUAUAAGAAGACCAAAAACAGCUAAGGUUUUCGGGCGAUACGACGUGAAUAAAAAUCAGAACUCCGGUUCUUCUAGUGUUUAUAACUCAGGUUCUACGACUACCGAUCACGGCAGAACCGUACGGCGAUACAGUGGUUCCGGUUCCAUUACAGAACCGGUACGGCGGGGCAGUGGUUCCGAGACGAGUUGUAUUACUUCACAUUCUGAUUCAUCCUGUAAAAGAUCCCGGGAAUAUACGUCACAAGAAAGCGAGUCUUCAGACGAUGGGUCAAGAAAAAACAGCUCCAGAUCCAAUGGUGAAUAUUCUGAGUCACGAUCUGUGUCAUCUAUUGGAUCCAAAGAUGCCUCACCUCAACCGAGCAAACGAAUAUCUGUGAUGAGUAAAUCCGAAAAAUCUGAGAGGAGGCUUACGGAAAAUUUUCCGAAGGCUGCAAAAGAAAUCGACGAGCAUUCACUUCGACAUAAAACUAAACCAUCGAAGGCCGCUGUGGGCGAUCGUAAAUCUGUCGGCCCUUUGUCAAGUGGGACAAAAUGUUCCUUGGCUUGCCAUCAUACAUGCGAGUGUGUAAUUACCUCAUGCAGGUGCCUACAUACUUCAUGUGUAUGUAGAGCUAACCAAUACAGGAUAUCCACAUGCGAGUGUGGAUCUGUUCCCGUGGAUAGCAGAAUCCUCCAAAGAUCGUGUACCUCUAGAGGAAGUCAAACGAUGUUUGAUAAUCACGACAAUGUCGGUACCUGCGAUAAGGAAAUUCACGUUGAUCUACCAAUCCUGAACGAUUCCACUACGCAAACAGAUAUCGAUAGAUCAUUUUCCGUUCUGCCGGAUAAAUUUUCAGUGUCGUUUAAUUCAAAAACCAGCUCGGGACCGGAAGAGUUAGCCGGGACCACGGUACCGAAUACCGGAGCAGCGAUACCGGAGGCUGGAAGUUAUUUGCCGGAAAAUGUUUUUAAUUAUUCCGUGGCUGCGGAAUCGGACGCACAAGAUUUGAAAGAACAUCUGGUGCGUUUAGGACAACAUUUUCGGGAGUUAGAAAAAGUGGAAGAGACUUUACAAGUUCAUCAAUACGUUGAUAGAUUUGACUCUUCUGAUUCUAGUAGGCUCUAUAACUUUAAUGAAUCUCAGAGAAGUAGCGUGAAAAUGCCCACGACGGCAUCAUUACCUGGCAGUCCUCUUGCAUCUAGAGGGAAAAUCUUCAAUUCUGGUGAUGCCAGUUUUGGGGGCAGCUUGUCUUCUUUGAAGGGAGUCAUACCCCCUUUUCUGCCUGAAAGCACACACGUCUUCCCCUCUGACUACGUGGGGAACAAGUUAUAUACACCCAGCGUGUCUAGUACCUCAUCUACCUUAUCCCCAUUAAAGCCCCAACAUUCGGGGCGUGAUGGGAUUAGACAAAAUACCCAGGGGCCACCUAGAACAAUCAACAACCCUCCGAAGAUUAAUAGCAAACCUCUAGGCUUAAACAACCGUCCUCUCAGAACAGAGAGUAACCCUCACAGAACAGAGAGUAACCCUCUCAGAAUCCUGAGCAACCCUCUCAGAACAGAGAGUAACCCUUUCAGAAUCCCGAGCAGCCCUCAUAGAACAGAGAGUAACCCUCUCAGAAGAAACAACAGCCCUCUCAGAACAGAGAUUUACCCUCUCAGAUUAAGCAGCAGCCCUCUCAGUACAGAGAGUAACCCUCUCACCAUCAUCAACAACCCUCUAAAAAUCACUAAAGACCCUCACAAAGCUAACCAAAACCCCCCUCGAAUGCCCAACAGUUUAGCGACUGUAGGCCUCACGCAGCGGUCGGUUGCCAGCGUAGAGUGUGAAACUUUAAUACCUCUUAGUGCAAAUAACGUAAGUUCUUCCCUUUACGAAGAACGGGCGUUAUACCCAAGCUACGUCCGUAAAGUAACGUCCUACGACCCGUACACCAGCAGGGUGUACCGUCACCAGGGGGUUGUUACAGAGGACUUCCCACCCUACCACACCAACACCAACCUCACCCUCAAUCGAACUUACUCUCUGGAUCAGUCUAGGUUCCCUCUGGAUCCGUCUAGGAUCUCCCUGGAUCCGAAUAGAGCUCCUCGGGAUCCGUCUAGAAUCUCCCUGGAUCCGAAUAGGAUUUCUCUGGAUCCGUCUGGAGUCCCUAAGUCGUUCAAAGAGUCCUAUAGUUCACGGAUUCCUAUCGGUUCAAGGCAGAACUCUUACAUGAUCGACACUCAAAAAGGUAAUAUUUUCACAGAAUUUGACAAAAAUGUCAAGAACCUCGAAAAUGACGUCAGAAAUGAGAAUUUUACAAAAAAACUAAAUUUCGAUUUUCUAGAUCCGCGCUCCAAGAACUACUAUGAAGAUCUAGCGGAUUAUAACUCAUUGAAAGAUCAUUCACAUCGAAACUACUUUCGAAAUCUGUUCUAUCUUAACUAUUUCAAAGACCAAUCUUACCGUGCAUAUUCCAAGCAUAACUUAUCUCAGCGUAACUUGGAUUCAUCCAGCCUAAACUUCCAACCCAAGUUGAGAUCCUAUUCGUCACUGAAGGAUUUAUACAGAAAGUUCGACCGCACCAGCACCUCUCCUUCAGGACACCGCAGCAGGAUCCUCUACAAAGGGCGGCGCCCUUCGGACUACUCUUCACCCAUGCUUCGUAACCGUGUUUGGUCCAGCCUGGGGGACCUGGGGCUGCCUCCCCCGACACACCCCCCGCCCAGCGACACUACCAGCUCAGUGACGUGGUCCGCCACAGACGAAGACGUCACGUCCACAGACGGGCUGCUGGGGCAGGCGACGUCGUCUGCCAGACGAAGGCGCCUGUGACGUGAGAAGCGCUCCCAGUUCAUGGUCUCUUCGUCGUUAUUUUGUUAUUAUUAUUAUACUUUUUUUAUUUUUGUUAUUUAACGAUUUUUCGUGUAUUGGACAAAACUGCUAGUCAUUCCGUGACUUGCAAGUCACGUAUACGUCAAGUUGGUGCAUCAAAGUUCAUUGAAUGCAUCAAGUUGAUCGAAUGCAUCAAAGUUCAUUGAGUGCAACAAGUUGAUCGAAUGCAUCAAAGGUCACUGAGUGCAUCAAGUUGAUCGAAUGCAUCAAAGGUCAUUGAGUACAUCAAAUUUGCUGCAUCAAAGUUGUUACCCGCAAGUCUAUUGUUUUGCGCUCAAGGAUUUACGUAAACAAAACCUUGCGCCGCACACUUUCACCCUUCGUUGCCCCAGUCAAGUAUCACCUCUUCACAUCUUCAAGUGUAACCUUCCCUUGAAUAUUUUUUAUCCUUUGUACGGAAAUCGGUGUUUAUAUCCCACGAGUAAGCCACGAUUUUGCUGCUAAAACCGCAACGUAUUUUGCCGCGUGUCAACAACGCCGAUGUUGUCGUACUGUUGUGGCUUACAAACGGCAGUGCGCUGCCAGACGUGUUAGAAUUCUUUUUUUAGAAAUAUUCAGCACAUUUAUGAAUGUGUUCACGUACCGUUACCAAAAAGUGUCCCCUUUAUAAACUUUGGAAUGUAUAUUAAUUUCUAUUAGAUUUAUUUUUGUUAUUUUACACGGUAUGAGAUUAAGGAGAGCCAUGUUGUCGUACACGUAAGACACUGAAUACCUUCAAUCAAGUAUUUGGAUCGGUGAUGCUGUCUUCCUGCUUGUCAGACUCGUGAUUGGUUAAUUUAAAUAAAAUACUAAUGAAUUUUGUAUUUAGA